AUGUCGACGUCUAGUCGUGCGCCCACGGUCGUCGAGCGCUCGCCGUCGCGCAGGAGCGGCGCGAAGGACGUCGAGAAGCAGGAGGUGCUCUCGGGCCCAGCGGCGGUCGGCGCGGUCGGCGAGGGGCAGAACCUCAAGCGCAACAUGUCGAGCCGACAUGUGGCCAUGAUCUCGAUUGGAGGCGCUAUCGGGACCGGACUGUUCCUCGGCACGGCCACGGCGCUCGAGCGAGGAGGACCACUCGGCCUCCUCCUCGGGUACAGCAUCAUGGGCACGAUCGUCUACGCCGUCAUGGUGGCGCUCGGCGAGAUGGCGUCGGCGCUGCCCAUCCCUGGUGGCCAGGUCACCCUCGCCGCUCGCUUCGUCAACGUCCCGCUCGGAUUUACGGUCGGCUGGUGGAACGCCUACGACUACCUCCUCGCACUACCCGCCGAGCUCUCUGCGUCUGCCGUGCUCAUCAGCUACUGGGACAAGACGACCAGCCCGGCCGUCUACAUCACCGUCACGGGCAUCGGCGCCGUCGUCAUCAACAUGGCCGGCUCGAGGUUCUGGUUUGCCGGCAUCAAGGUCAUCACGAUCGUCGGGCUCGUCAUCCUCGGCAUCGUCCUGACGGCGGGAGGAGGCCCGUCAGGAGAGGUCAUCGGCGGCCGAUACUGGCGCGACCCUGGUCCUUUCGUCCACCUGCUCGGCAUUCCUGGCUCCCUCGGCGAGUUCCUCGGGUUCUGGACCGUCUUGACUCAGGCUGCCUUCUCGUACAUCGGCUCGGAAAUCGUCGCACUUGCCGCCGCCGAGACCAAGAACCCGGAGCGCGCCGUCCCCUCGGCCAUCCGCAAGGUCUGGAUCCGCAUCAUCCUCUUCUACGUCUCGUCGGUGCUCAUCAUCGGCCUGCUCGUCCCGUCGAACGACCCUCGCUUGAACCUCAGCACUGGCGACGCCGCCUCGUCGCCGUUCGUCAUCGCCAUACAGGACGCAGGCAUCAAGGCCCUCCCGAGCAUCAUCAAUGCCGCGAUCCUCACCUCGGCAUGGUCGGCGGCGGCGUCCGACAUGUACACGGCGUCGCGCACGCUGCACGGCCUCGCGCUGCAAGGCAAUGCGCCCCGGAUCCUGUCGCGCACGACCUCGUGGGGCGUCCCCUGGGCCGGCAUCAUCGUCAGCUCGGCUUUCGCGCUCUUGGCGUACAUGGCGGCAGGAGCAGGGCAGGCAGGCGAGGUCUUUGGUUGGUUCGUCAAUAUGACGUCAAUCUCGGGUCUUCUUGUCUGGCUAGGUAUCCUGAUCACCUACGUCCGUUUCCACCGCGGCGCCAAGCUCCAGGGGAUCGAACGCCGCGCCCUGCCCUACUUUGCGCCGUGUCAGCCGUACCUCACCUACUACGGCAUCCUCAUGAUUGUCGUGAUCCUCUUCUUCUCCAAGUUCACCGUCUUUAUCGACGGCCAGUGGGACACGGCCGACUUUGUCACGACCUACCUUCCCAUCAUCCUCUGCCCAAUCUGCUAUGUCGGCGUCUACGUCUACAAGUGGGCCCUUCGUCCUCUCGCCGAGCUCGACUUUGUGUCGGGCAGUCGGACGGUCGAGGACGAGCUCGACGAGGGCGGGAACGGCAAGCCCAAAAGUCGGUGGGCCCGUGCGAUGGACGUCGUCUUCUGAGCCCGGCUUGGACUCGCUUUCUUUCCUCGCCCUCCUUCUGUAGACACUACUAGACGCCGUCCCACUAGAGCUCGAUGUGCG